GCACAACUCACACAUCACAGAACUCACAGCACCAUGAUGGAGCAAUACUUGCUCCGAGUGCCCAAGCGGGUAGGCGAAGAGCUGCGGAAGAAGAUGGCAGAGAAGGAAGUCCGUGGCGUCGACGUUGUGGCUGGCGCUGACAACCGCAACUUCAAAUUCCGCAUCGACGAUACGGAGCUCCCUGCUACGUUAUGUCAACUGCCGUGUAUCGUGGAAACGCACAAAACGUAUGACGAAAAGUUGUUUUACAAGAGCGGUGACAUUGGACAGAUUCUGCUUGUCCAUGACACCCCCGAAGAACAGAUGCUGUACGAGACCGUGACCGAGCUCCCUGGCGGCAUCACGCCUCCCACGACCAACAUCGUCAAGCGCAAGUACGCCAAGACACGAAAGAGUCCCAUCUUCCCCAAGGCCGACGUCGCCCGCGUCGAGGAUACCCUCGUGAAGAUCAUUGCCGGCGGCAUCAUCGAGGACGUCCAGGAGGAACUGGUGGACUUUUACGACUGGAUGGUCGACGACGAGCACCCCAACGGCAUUGUCGUCCACGACGAAAUGGACUUCAUCCAGCGCCACCCCGAGUAUUUGGAUUUGACUCAAAGCGGCAGCGGCGGCGGUGGCGGCAUGGCGCCGUCGUUGGCCUUUGGAAGCUCCAACGGCGUCAACUCGCAAGCCAACAGUCGCCCGGAAUCGGAUAUCGAUGACGAGACGCCGUCACGAACUCCGGCCAUAUCCGAAGAUGAGGACGCCCCGCCAUCGUCCAAGAAGCUAUCGCCAACCAAGACACUCACAAAGGUGACGGCGGCGGCAUCCACCGCGCGCGACGGCCUGGACGACGACCUCGACGAUAUGAUGAACGACGACAUGGAUGAUGACGAUGACGACGACGCGGCAGACGGCUCGUCACUGCAGUCGAACCCGGAGUACUUGACGCUGCUCAACACCCGUGCGCAGCAGACCAAGAAGGUGUCGGACCUGCGCAAAGACAUUAGCAAGAUGGCGGCAAACAUCACGUCCAUGGCGAACCCCGUGAUGAAGCAGCGGCUACUCGCGCAAAAGGAGUCGCUUGAACGAGAGUUGGCCGACGUCCAAGCUGCCUUCGAGGCUACGGCAGACGACAUUCGGCGCAUGGAGAGCAGAAACUAACAACACCUGGGGCAGCGCUCGUACUAUAACUAAUUCGAAUGGAAUGUGAAAUAUACAAACAAGGAC